CAUUUAUAUAUAUUUUUAUUUAAUUUUAAUAACAAACAAUAUAAGUCCAUCAUUUUGUACCAAUUCACACAAAACCUUAAACAGAAUCACAUAAUGUUCUUUCCAAAAUUAUCUCCUACAAUUUUCUUGUUUUUCUUCCUUAAUCUCCUCAUCUCCACCUCCAUCAAUGCUAUCAAAACACCAACCCCAACUCAAUCUCAACUCAAUGUCAUCAAACAAUUCUUAACUUUUCAAAACAAGGCUCGGGCCGCUCUCCGUAUGCCGCCAUUGGUGUGGGACUCAAAGCUUGCACGCUAUGCAGACCUUUAUGCUAGGCAAAGACGGAACGACUGUCUGUUGAAACAUUCCAAUGGACCUUACGGGGAGAAUAUAUUUUGGGGUAGUGGUGAUGGAUGGACUCCUGCUCAAGCAUCACUCGCAUGGGUGGCGGAACAACGGUGGUAUCGGUAUGGCUCGAAUUCUUGUGGUGGAGGAAAGGAAUGCGGUCACUAUACACAAAUUGUGUGGAAAACUACCAAGAGGAUUGGGUGUGCUAGAGUGACUUGCUUUGGGGGUAGGGGUGUUUUCAUCACUUGCAAUUAUUUUCCUCCUGGUAACUUUAUCGGUGAGAAGCCUUAUUGAUGUUUUAGCCAUAAUUUUGGUAGACAAAACACCAAUAAGAUAUGUGAAUUUUAUUCUUCAUAUUUUUAGAAAUAUUCUAAAAAAUCUAUUAUUUUAUGAAUAAACUGAUAAUAAUUUUGAGUUUACAAGAUUCAUUUUGUUUUACUAUUAAAUGUUUGUAAGGAUAUUUUUAAAUCAAUAUCUAACAUUUUACUAA